AUGGCAACUACAGGGAAGUUGAACAAAGAACUUUGGACUAAUAUCACUCGACUCAAAUUAUUAGGAAAACCUAAUACGACUAAUAGAUUUAUACUUGAAUCCAAUCCAUUUGAUGAUGAAGACGAAGAAAAAGUUGCUGUAGAAAAAGAUGAAUAUGUUAUUAAAGGGAAAAUUUUUCCAAGUUCAAACAUCUAUAAAGAAACUGCUCUUCGCAUAGAAAUGAAACUAACAUCCGCAUAUCCAAUUGAAGCACCUGUCGUACGAUUUCUAACUCCUGUUUAUCAUCCAAAUGUAGAGUCUGAUGGUACAUUUUGUCAUCAAUUGUUGAGUAAUGCUUCGAGAUGGAAACAAAAUCGAACAGCAACUUUAGCUGAUGUUAUUAAAGCUAUCGCAAAACAUAUUGACGAACCUGAUCCUGAUUAUUCGAUAAAUUUUGAUAUUGGAAAAGAAUUUAUAGAGAAUAGAGCAGAAUUCGAUCGUAAAGCAUCCGAAAUGGUACGAAGGAAUAUGAUAUCUCGAGAUUAA